AUGGCGUCGAGCGGCAGAAUCCGGGCGGAGACGGAAUUGUGGAGGUGCGGUGACAUGGCGGCGCAGCAGAGCCGGUAUAACAUGAGCCAGAGCUGCGGCUGGCCUCGCCGUCGGAACUGCUUGAGAAGGAGGGACGCCGGCUUGUUGAACCAGCUCCAAGAACUGGACAAGCAAAUCAGUGAUCUGAGGCUGGACGUUGAAAAAACAGCAGACGAACGGCUGGAGAUGGACAGUCGACCCAGCUCAGGGUUUUACGAGCUAAGUGAUGGCGGGGCUUCUGGGUCCCUCUCCAACUCGUCCAACUCCGUUUUCAGCGAGUGUUUAUCCAGCUGUCCCUCCAGCGCCUGCUUCUGCAGCCCUUUGGAUACAUCCUUGAGCAGUUCAGAUGGCCGUCCCAAAUCGGCAGAUCUUAUUGGGUGGAUGGAAUACAACAAGGGAGGUCAACCUGAAGACCAGUCAGUGGGGACUGUCUCUCAUUCUCUGUCCACGCGACAUUCGAACUCACUGGACGUGAUCGCAGAAGUGCACCCAAAAUAUCAGUGUGACCUGGUGUCCAAAAAUGGGAAUGACGUGUACCGGUACCCCAGUCCCUUACAUGCGGUUGCAGUCCAGAGCCCCAUGUUUCUGUUGCCAGCAACGAGUAGCCCCCCAAGAGAAGAGGAAGACAGGAGUAUUUGCAACGUUGGUGAGGUCUGUGUUGGAUCGGAACUCGAUACAAAAACCGGCACUUCCUGUCACCCGUCAGAGUCUCAUUCCGCAUCCCUUCCCAUGGCCACCAAAAAAAUGGAUGGAUACAUCUUGAGUCUCGUGCAGAAAAAGAUCCCGUCAGUGAGGACUAACAAACCGAGAACGAAUCUGAACGCAGACCCUGCCAAAGGAAUCUUGAGACACGGAAGCAUUUGUGCUCGGCAGGGGGCCAGUGCGGCCCAUACCAAUGCAGUCCUUGUUAAGAAUCCUAGCCAGGUGUUUCCCCGUUCCGCGACAGCCACCCCCGUGUUGGAUAAUGGCGCCUUUUCUCCCUCCAAGCAGCGUUUGCGAGAAGCAAGCAUUGAGAAUCUGGAGACCAAAAAGAUUCCUUUACCCACAGCCUUUUCACCAAAUCCUAACCAUGAACUUCAGAGCAAACCCCCCUCAUCCAGGACCGUCAAACCUCAAGAGGUUAUACGGUGUCCUGUGGUUAGCAAGGGUGAUGGGCCCAAGGAAAGAGGCCAAACCUUUGUGACUAAAGAAAGCCCUUGCCGGAACACGCCACCUUUGAAGGAAAACAAAGCCAUCCAGAUACCCAAAAAGAUACCGUUAAAAAACAAUGGGGGACAAGCAACUCACUCUGUUUCGCCUCCUCAUGAGACCAGGCCAUCUUUGGAUUUCAAAAGUGAGGGAUCAUCCUCGCAAAGCCAGGAGGAAGGGUUACUGGUGAACGCCCAGUAUGUACCAGCCCAACCACAAACAUUCAGACUUCACAAAGGCACCAGGAGUGUCAAAAUUCUAAAAAGUUCCAUGGUGAAACACAGGUCCCAUCUCGUCACGGUCCUGGAAAACAGUCCCCUGGCUGGGCGGGAGAAAGGCAAACCCCCUGGCAAAAAAUGCCGUUUCCCCGAUGACCUGGAUACAAAUAAGAAGCUGAAAAAGACAACCUCAAGGGGAAAGAAAAGUGGCCAUUUGCCAACGGAGACAAGCCUUUUGAGCAGGCCCCCUGGUGUCCUUAGAUCCACAGCGAGACCCCACGGGUACAGCAGAGAACCGGUUGUAGCCAAACCUAAGCACAAGCGAGCUGACUAUCGCCGCUGGAAACUGUCAGCGGAGGUGUCUUAUGAAGAAGCCCUCAAGAGGGCCAGAAGAAACCGGAGAGAAGGCCUUGGGGUCUACUCACAAGUUACCCAUCCCUACGCUAGCCCCUACGCCUAUGUUGCUAGUGACUCGGAAUAUUCGGCUGAGUGCGAAUCUCUUUUCCAUUCCACUGUAGUAGAUACCAGCGAGGACGAAAGGAGUAAUUACACCACGAACUGCUUUGGGGAUAGUGAGUCAAGCUUGAGCGAGGUCGAGUUUGUCGGCGAAAGCACGACGACCAGUGACUCGGACGAGAGUGGGGGCCUCAUCUGGUCCCAGUUCGUCCAAACUCUCCCCAUCCAGACAGUCGCCGCUGCUUCGGAGCUCCACGAUAACGCGGCCAAAACUUUUGUGAAGAUUAAGGCCUCUCAUAACCUGAAGAAGAAAAUCCUCCGCUUUCGGUCCGGCUCUCUCAAACUCAUGACUACUGUCUAAGUGCAUACUGGGAAUAGUAAAUCAUGCACACUUCAAGCGUGUGGAGGUAGGGUGGGGAAUGUGUGUGUGUGAUGGUAUAUGUGCACAAAAGUUUUGAUGGGCACACUCAUUUUGGGACGAGGGAGCCACACGAGCAGUGUGGGCUUCAAGUUUGGGGGGGAUGUUUGUAGUGGGGCCCCGUAAUCUGCAAGUAGAGAGGUGCGUGGGAUUCUUCCAUGCUGUUUCCAGCCUUCUCAGGUGCCCCACAUCAAUGGUGCUGGAGCAGUGGGUUCUUUACUGCUCUUGUGUGGGGUGGGAGGAGGAGGGUUGAAAUCCCCAUCCUCCCCAUCCUCUGGAGCUGACCAAACCCACUAGCCCCAACAUUAACUUUGCCUUGAUCUCCUGGUAGUUCUGGGAUAUUUCUGCACUGCUAUCUCUUUUAGCAAUCUGCACGCACAGCCUUGAAAUAUUUGCAGGUAGCCACAAAGACACGCACACACAAACACAUAUGAGCAGCUGUUCAAGUAUGGCAAGUUGGUGCUUUUGGUCCUAGGUCAAUCCACUUGUGGGUUGGCAUGCUCAUUGGCUGCUUGAAACGGCAGAUUGGGUUGAUUGUCCACCAGAGAUUGUCCUAAAUUUAGGGGGAGACGUUCCCCAGGUCCAGACUCUGAGAAGCCGAGCGGGAUAGGGAAGUUGUUUCCUUAACGGGAUACCGACAAGCACAUAACGCAGUGCAGAACUGGAGCCCUAAUUGGGGGUACCAUCUUAAGACCAAACGGGAACGGCACCUCCUCUGGGUACCCUGGCCUGGAAUCUGUUCGGCGGUGGGGAAUAACUCUCACGAGUUAAAAGUGUGUUGUCGCGUC